GCUUUUAAGUCACAGUCGAAAGUGCUUGUUUUGUUUUUCCGACAACAUGUGUUUAGACGAAAUUCGAAAUUUUUUGUCGUUGGAUGGCGAUCCUUUUUGAAGUGACGGUCCGUCCACUGGCGCACUUGCAAUUUCUGGCUGGCGGAUUGUCGGGCUUCAUCGAGAUCAUCUGCUUCCAUCCCCUCGAUGUGGUGAAGACCCGGAUGCAAAUACAGGGCACCCGUGCACUACACGGCGAGGUGGUCUACAGUUGUCCCCUGGACGCGCUUGUCAAUAUAUAUCGCUAUGAGGGGUUAUCUUCCCUGUGGAAGGGUAUUGUGCCGCCGAUCUGCGUGGAAACUCCAAAGAGGGGCGGCAAGUUUCUGAUGUACGAGCACUUCAAGCCCUACUUCCACUUUGGCGCCCCUCAACCAACUCCGCUGACCCACGCCGUCUCCGGUUCAGUAGCCGGCAUCCUGGAGUCCUUUCUCGUCAAUCCCUUCGAGGUGGUAAAGAUCACCCAGCAGUCCCAUCGAGAGAAGCACCUGAGAACACUGUCGGUGGUCAAGUACAUCAUCAAGCACGAUGGCUACGGCAUCAAGGGGUUGUAUCGAGGUAUCACUGCACUAGUGGCCCGAAAUGCCGUCUUUCACUUUGGAUUCUUUGGUUUCUACAAUGCGAUCAAGGACAUUGUGCCAAGCCCGGAGAAUAGUACAUACGACCUCCUUCGAAAGGUCAUCAUAGCUGGGCUAGCCAGCUCCCUGGCGUGUGUGAUGAGUGUUACAUUGGAUAUGGCCAAGUGCAGGAUUCAAGGACCCCAGCCAGUGAAGGGCGAGGUGAAGUACCGAUGGACCAUAAACACAAUAAGGACGACCUUCAGGGAGGAGGGCUUUCGAGCGUUGUUCAAGGGUCUGGGGGCGUUGAUAUUGCGUGCCGGCCCCGGAGGCGCCAUGCUCCUGGUGACCUACGAGUAUUUAUUUGAGUUCCUCAAGAGUAAAUAUAUCUGAUCUAUUUCAAUAUUUGAACAUAACA